UGCUUCUUUUCUUCUCCAUAUCUGAACUACGAAGAAGCAUAAAUGCUUCUUUCUUCUCCAUAUCUUUGUUGGCAUGUUGUACUAGUUAUUCUCACGUUUAAUUUCCAUUUCCAAAUGAAAGAGAGUUGUGACAAGAGCUGCAGAGAGUGCAGAGAGUGGGGGGAGCAUUUUUAUUGGAACCAUCUGGAUAAACGUAAGAUGCAUUUCUUCAAGUUUAUGGUGGGAGAUUUCGCACAAUGCAUGAGCAUGCCAAAGAAGUUCGUGAACCACUUCAACGGGCAAAUAUGCGAACACGUCGAUCUAAAGCCUCCUAGUGGUGACAUAUGGCGAAUCGGGCUUACGAAGCUUGCAAAUGAAAUAGUCCUCCAAUCUGGGUGGAAGGACUUUGUCGAUGCUCACCGCAUCGAGGAGAAUGACCUUCUGAUCUUUAAAUACUAUGAGAGCUCUUCGUUCGAAGUUUUGAUAUUCGAUGGAAGCGGUUGCGAGAAAGCCUCUUCUUUUUUCGCGAAGAAGAACGAUCCGCCAGUAGGUGAAGCUGAUGAAAUUCCUCUGGAGGUAAUCAACAGAAAGGAACUGAUUGAGCUUCGCUCGUCGGGCAGUUCUAGCGAGGACGAUGCAAAACCUGAGAUCACUACCAAGUCCUUGAAUGGUUCCAAGAAGAUGUCGAAGCGAAUACUCAGGGCCGGUUCCGGAAGUGGAGAAAAAGAUGCAGGGACAUAUGUGGAGACCUUGGUUCAUCGAAAGAAGUAUAGAGUUUCGCCGAGAAAAUAUGCUGGGCCUUCGAAAGGUGUGAAUUAUGGUGUUAAGAAGGAUACUCCAGAGAGGGAUGAGCAUGGGCAGAUGCCCUGCAAUGCUCCCUAUUUCUCUCUGAGAAGCCUACAGUUAAGUCCGUCGCAACAUAAGAAGGUAUCAAAGUUGGCUCUUGGUCUCUGUCCAAACCCUACUUUUGUGAUCUGCAUGUAUCCGACACGCGUCGGCAAGAAUUGCUUUUUAAACAUCCCGAGAAGCUUUGCUGCUGCACACCUGCCGCGAAGAUGCGAGCAGAUCAUCCUUAAACGUCCCAAUCAGAAAAAGAAGUGGAUCACUUCGUACGUUUCCACGAGACAAGUGAGAGGCGUAUAUGGAGGCAUAUAUGGAGGUUGGAAGCACUUCGUGAUCGACAACAAUUUGCAACAGGGGGAUAUCUGCCUCUUUGAACUAAUGAAGAACAAGAAAAUGCUCACGAUGACUGUUUAUGUGUUCUAGCCGUAUCACCGUCAAUCUGGUAAACUAGGGCUUGGUUUUUGACAGGAAUUUCACCAGGUUCUUUAGCUUAUUAGUUUUGCAAUUAUCUCUGAAGACUACACUAGUGUAGCUUGGUAACUCAACUAGAUGAGCGACUUCAAACUGUUGUGAUCAGGUACCUUUCCCUGUGAAUGUUGAUAUGUAACUAUGAUGGUUAAUGUACUAUGAAUGCUUAAAUUGGUUAACCAUAAGCUUU